CAUUUUCACUCACCAUACCACUACCACAUAUCAUUCACCCGUCAGGACGGCACAGGAACUGGACGCAGUGCUUGGAAGGACGACGAAUAUGUAGCGAAGAUGGCGGGGAGGGAUAUUCCAGGGUAUUAUUUUGAUGCCGAGAAGAAUAAGUACUUCAAGGUCGUCGCCGACCCAUCGGCACUGUACUCCAAGACCGCGGUGCGGAAGCGCAAGGCCGAUGAAGCUAUCGCCACAGAAGCUGCGAGAGUUGAGAAGGCUAACAGAGAGCGCGUGACGCGGCCUGCGGCUAUGGGGAAGUUGGACAGGGAGAUUGGGAGGGGGGAUGGGAGGCUGAACGCGCUGAAAGAGUUUAUAGGGGGCUGGACCAAGAGUAUUCCUGUAGGAAGGUUGAGUGGGACGCCGAGAUGGAGGGUGUUCGACGUUGAUGUACGAUCCGGACACUUGGCUUACUCGCAUGAUGUCGAGGUGGAGUUUGACCGUUUGCCCAGGCCGGGAGAGCAUAUAUCCCCUAGCUUAAAUAAUCUAAGUUACGGCAGCGAUGCGGCCGUCAACUCAAUUACCUUCUCGGCUUGUAAGGAAAUUGUCCUCGCAACGUGGGUGGAUCCACCGCGCGGUCAUAAUAUGUCCCUGAACCGUGUCUCCCCAGUCACCAGAAUCAUCAGCACCCACCACUUAACAUCCAGCAAAGCAGGUGAGGACACAACGGUCCGCUGCGCAUGCGCCGCUCCUCUCGGAUCACCAUACAUGUUCGCCGUGGCCUGCGACGAUCGCCCCAUCUUCCUGCUCGACGCGUCGCUGGACGAGGCGCCUUCACCCCCCAGCAGCGGCGAAUCCUCCACCCUCGCGCUCACAUUCCUCGCGGAAUCACCGCAUGUUCUCCUCGCUGGAAAGCGGUCUGGGAAGGUCCCUCUCGUCGAUCUGCGUGUGGAGGGCGGUGGCAGGGGGGGGAUCAGACAUGCCUCGAGUGUUGCGAGGGUGGCGCAGGUGGGGGAGAAUUCGCUGGUUGUGGGGGGGCUGCAGGAUAAGAUGUGCGUGUAUGACCUUCGUUUCUUGAAGGAGAAAUGGAAGAAUGAGGCGACGCGGCCGGUAGUGAGGAUGUGGGGACAUAGGAAUGAGACGAGACAUGAUGUUGAUCUGGCGGUUGAUCGCUGUACGGGGCUGGUUGCUGCGGCGCAGGUGGAGGGGGGAGGGGGGGUGAGGGUCUUUGAUGUGCAGAGUGGGACUGAGGUUGGGUAUGUGGCGGAUGGGCAGCCGGAGGGGGAGUAUAUGAGGCAGGUUAGGUUUGUGGAGAGGGAGAGGGGAGUGGGGUUGUGGGUUAGUAGGGGGGAUAAGAUUGUUGAGUUUGGGUUUGGGUUCUGAGGUUUUCGGUAGCUGCUGUGGGUAAUUUGCUGGGAUAGGUCUGGGUUUGGGAGACUUUGCGGCUUGAGAUAUGGUUUAGAGCAUGGGAGUGGGGGCGUUAUGGUAGAAUCACUAUAUGAGAACUUUUGAUGUUAGAAUACCCGAGUAAUGGGAAUCGAUCUCGGGUCCCAAAGAGCGCUAUGUCUGUUAUAUUUUGGAGAUAGCUUCUAAUAUAAGCCUGUUUUGUCCA